AUGUUCCGGUCAGCAGAAAAGGGAAUCAGCGUGCUCCAGUUACUGCCUUCUGACCUGCACGAAGCGAGGCCGAAUCUGUAUUCGACCAUGAGCCAGACCUUGAUCACCGGCAAGGGUUACCCGACGCUCUCGCUUUCUCGCGGGUCUAUAUUUGAAUUCGAGAUCGUUGGAAGACUUGAAUCACUCAAUACUGAACGCGAGGAUACACUGCAGGAAAUCAAUAGAGAGCUCAUCCAGUGGCGACGUGAUAUGCUGUUCCCUCUACCCUGUGGCGAUUCUGUACCGACCCUCUCGGUUGUUCCCCGCGAAGAAGAUGCGUAG